GAGCUGGCAACAGCAAUUUCAUGAGGACAGAGAGAAAGGUACAACAUGCAAUAUGAUACUUUGUCACUGUCCUCACUCAGGUCCCCAUACCUGGGAAGGGCUUGGCCGGGCUUUGACAACCGCUUCGCCUCACACGCUGCUCUCUACCAGCAGACAGCUCUCAGAAGAACAGCAUUACGUGGCGGGAGGCCCUGAAGUCUGAGCCAGGGCCAUGGAGGGCUCUGUGCUGAGCCCCACGUCCUGGGAGAAGCGGCGGGCCUGGCUCCGGCAGAGCCGCCACUGGCAGACCCAGGUCUUGGAAGAGGAGGCUGGGGCCAUCCUGCAAGAUGUCUCAGAUCCUGAGCCUUCCAGCCUGGAUGACGUUUUCCAGGAAGGGAAUCCGAUCAGUAAGAUUGAAGACUGGCUACAGGACUGCGGGUACUCUGAAGAAGGGUUUUUUGAGGAAACAGGACAGUCAGGCUACAGUGGGUGCCUCAGCCAUGGAACCAGCUUCGAAGAUGAUUUGACCCUAGGAGCAGAGGCCACACUGCUGGCCACCAAUGGCAAAGUCUUCUCCAGGAGUCUCCUGGAGACAGCCCGGCCCUUCCAGCUACUGGAUCUUGGCUGCAGUUUGGCUUCCAGCAGCAUGACCAGUGGGACCAACAAGACUAGUUCAAGCAUCUCUGAGAUUCUGGACAAGGUGCAAGAAGAUGCAGAAGACAUCCUCUUCAGUCUGGGCUUUGGCCAAGAGGACCACAAGGACAAUUCUCGGAUUCCCGCCCGAUUUUUCACUACCCCUUCUCAGGCCAAAGGCAUUGAUUUCCAACUCUUCCUGAAGGCCCAGGUGCGGAGGGUUGAGACGGAGGACCCUUGCCUCAUGCUGGCCAGCAGGUUUAAGCAGGUGCAAACACUGGCCGUCACUGCUGAUGCCUUCUUCUGUCUCUACUCCUAUGUGUCUAAGACACCUGUCCAAAAGUUCACACCAUCCCACAUGUUCUGGAACUGCAACCCUGAUGUGCCAUCCAUCAAGAUUCUGGCUCCACAACCUGAACCUCAGUCACCCAGAGAGCGCCUCCGGAAAGCCAUCUCCAAGAUGUGCCUGUAUACAUGUCCCCGAGACCGGCUAUCAGCACCCCAUAAUAUCACCAAAAAGAACAGUUUGGACCAAGUGGUAUGGGAAGUGAUGGACAGAGUGAGAGGAGAUAAACUGGUCUUCCAACAAGACCUUGGGUUUGGGCCAGGCUCAGAGGAAGAUCCUGUUCCUCCCACCAGGGACACAAAGCUGCCCACUUCUUCUGGUCCAUGUGCCCUUUGCCAUAAAGAGGAAACACAGCAGGGGAUAUCCACAAUGCAAACACCAUCACAAACUCUGGAUUCGAACCGAGAGGCAACCUGUUGCACACAUUCUUUGCCCAAAGCAGAUCUACAGUGGAGCACAGACCCUGCACAGGUGAAGAGAGAGCUGUGGGGUCUACAGGCCACCAGUAAGGAAGUCCAUUUAGCCAAGGAUGCGACUUUCUGGAAAAGAAAGAGCAGAGCAAGAAAGAGCCUGUUUCAGGAGAAUCCCAUGAGCAGGAUGGUUAAGUCAUUGGACUUGUCCAUCAUCCAGCAGAGCCAAGAGCACCCAGCACUGCACCCAUCUCUAACCCAGCAGCUGCAGGACACUUGUGACUUGGAGGACAUGAGAGGGUUGGGGGCAGGAGAGAGGCUGGCAAAGAAAGGCUUUGUAUUCUUGCCAUUGGGUAAAGGGAAUCCAGGCUCCCUGUCCUCGCCAGAUAUCCCAAUUCUUGAACUACAUUCGGAAACUUUUGGGAGUAGGUUAAUGGAGAAGGAUUAAUAGGUGUGAUUUCUUAAGAGCAUCCAGGUUUCCAGAACUUUUCUAAUUCCUCAUCUGAUCUGAUCUUCACUGAAGUUUCUCAUCAAGCACACCUGUCUAUCAUUUGUGGGAUCAGCACAAGAGUAUAAAUAGAGGUCGAUUAUACACUAAGCUAAACACUAUGAAAUAAAGUAUGUUCUCUUCUACAUCAAUAAAUAUGUAACCAUAAAGACCUGGAAGUCCAGGUUCAAAUUUAAAUUCUCAGACUCUUCAGAUUUCUGUGCUAGAACACAGCAGUGUGGGCAGAGCCACUCCCUAGUUCCUGGACUGUCACCUUCUCUUCCCAUGCCCAGAUCUGUCCUAAACCACAAAGACUUUGCUUAUAGAUGUGUGAGCACCCCAGCCUGCAUAUCCAAAAGCUACACACACAAAAUAGCCAUCUACUCACAAAAAUAGCCAUCCGCUGGUCAUCACUCAUGCCUAGGAGUGCAUACGUUAGUCCAGAGGUUAACCUUUUAAGACAACAGAUAUCAGGCAAAACCAGUGCAAUUCCCUGAAGAAGCCUUGAAGCCAUCUGAGCACAAUAUCUGGGCAUCCUUUGUAACCGGAACAUGUUCUAGAAGGGGUAGUGCAGGAUCCAGGUGGGCAUAUCAUGUAGGUCCACCAACUCUUCAUCCUGUGGACUCUCAAAAACCUAAGACCUCUCUUGCCUUGGACUAUAGACAGUACUGCCAUCAAAUGCUGAGCUCUCUUGAGAAAGUUCUCAGACCCUUGCCACAAAGAGAAGCUGUGAUGAUUUGUAAUAUCGUUUGCAUGUAUGUC